CAAAUCUGUCUCCUGCAGCACUGCAGUGGGGCUUGUUGUGCUCUCGCCGAGCCGCUAUCGCUGUUCUUGUUUACCGUGGCCAUAAUCAGUAUUAGCAGUUGAGCUGUUCACCAUAUUUUUCCUGAUUAUGUGGGUAAAGCCCACGGAGAGUAGUGGAGGGCGGAUUGUGUGUCUUCUGCGAAAAAAAAAAGGGAGCGGUGCCGAUAGACAUAGUGAGCUUGAAACUUUUCCACUAGAAAUAAAUUAAACGCCAUAACUGCCGUCGGACUUCCUAGAAACAACUGUUAUUGCUCCUGCGUUGUAUCGAAACCUCGAAAAGUCCCUUGUCAUUCCCUCCUCCUCUGUCUGUGUUACAUAUUUUCUUCCUCUUUUUUUCCACGAAUCAACGUGGCUGUUUGAAUUAACGUGUUUUUGAAGCGGCUCGAGGGCCUUCUCCUUUGGACUAGUUCACACAUUGACACUUUCCCCUUCUUUGUAUCUCGGUCGCAAUAACGCAAAUAACGACAAGGGUCACCACAAAGUUAUCCGGCUAGUUUUAGCUACCCUUUCAGACGACUGUCACUUUCGGAUGGGCCAAAACGGCCGACUUGUGUCCGCUGUUUUGUCGUUGUGUUAUGACCGUGGAGCGGAUCGACAAAGUUAACGCGUUCAUCUGUUUGGGGCACCUUUCACGCUGUCACGCAACACGGGGAGUGCGGCCGUAUUACACGGUAUUAAGUGGUUAAUAUGCCCGUUAAACCGGUUAUUUCCCGGUGACAGUGAGUUGAGGAUUUCCAAGCGGCCUUGUGUCUCUCUCUCUCCCUGUGUGUGUGUGUGUGUGUGUGUGUGUGUAGUUGAGGCCUGGUCGCUGCACGCCACGGCCUGCUGUGUUGUGGAGUAAAAGCUGGUAGUACUCGCGGUACUACGAGGGCUUGACACAUACACGGUACUAUCCAGAUAAAGCAGAGGUGACGACAUCACCUCCUGUAGUUUUAUAACUUGUGCUUUGCACCUUGUGUGGAGAAGUUAGAAGCUGUUAUCUGCUCUGGUGAAUACAUUUAUACUGGCCUCUCCUUAAUAAAGCACCAUAGUGAUCGUGUUAUACACUUUUAAAGAGGGGCUCUGCAAUUUACAAAACUUUUGAAUAUGCAGUUUGGCGCGGGGUCAGAAAUGUACCAUAAAAAAAAGAUUUAGCAUCUCUACAGGAGGUCAAACCAUACCGUAAAGAACCGAAAGGUCUGGCAAAUUUUAGAUAGUGAAUUAUAGUGAAUGUAUGGCAAGGUUGGCAAAAACAAUGUGUGGAGGGCAUAUGCAGUUUUAUAGCAUAAACAUGAUCAAGUUAACACACUUAAUAUCCAAUAUUAUAAUCUUUUGCAUUUCGCCUCAGCUGUUAUUAGUUUGUCAUAGUCCAUUUUUUUGUCACCACGCAUGUCUCGCGUCAGCUCGACGUCUACCAUUUAUUUGUGUAUAAGAGAAGGUAAACACCGUUUCUGCAAAUAAAAUAUGGCCAAACUCGCCAAUCUGCAAGUCGUGUAUACCCGAUGAGCAGAUAGCGCUCCGCUUUGAUCGCUGCACAUGAAACAUAGGAGGCUUACUAUAGCUCCCAUAUGGGCUUCCUUGCUCCUUGUUGCACUGCGGGGCGAGUGAGUUGCGUCACUUUGUCUUUAAGCUGUUAUCACCAGGCCCAUGACUCUGACACCAGCUGUUGUACACGGCGCACUACUGAGUAAACACACGUAGCAUACCUCUAUCGUGACCAAGUAAGGCCGGCUGCCAAAUUAUUUUAUGGUGGCUGCUCUACGGCUGUCUGUCCUAAAUAGGGAUUUGCAUAGAGCACAGUGACGGCUAUUAGCUCCCUGGCUCUCUGUCUGCACUCCUAACUGUCAUCACAUAGAUGUUUGCUGUGUGUGUGUGUGUGUGUGUGUAUGUGUGUGUGGCCUUGAGACAGGUGGCACUUAUCUCUGAAAAUGGAUUUCUCUCUAGCCGAUAUGAUGUGGCAGAUAUUAAGAGGACCUGAAUGAAUGCGCAGACAAACAGGGAGGCAACAGAAGGGAAAAGAGACGGAGGGGGAAGAGACUGGUUGGAGGAUGGAUGAAGAGACGGGGACAGACAGGCAGACAUGGAAGUUAACAGACAGUCAAACAGCCACUGACAAGUAGACAUAGCGGUGGAUAAUAGACAUCAAUCCAGAACAUUUUCACAGUCAAUAUCAGAGUGAGAAUUUUUCAGAGAAGCCGACAGAGCAGUUGGGGGGGGGGGGGUUUGAUUCUCACUCGUUUACGCGUGUUGUUAACGUCUUUCUGGCACUCGCAGCUCUGUGGAGACUCUUGUGUUGGAAGAAACGAGGCAGAGCACACAGCACCUAGUACCCGAGGCAAGUCCCGCGCGUAUCAGCCACACGGAAAACAAACCAGUUAAAUGACAACAGUCUCCCGUUCAACAAGUCGGCAAAAUCAAUCUGUUUUACUUUCUAAACGGGGGCAGAGGUGUGAAUGAGUUCGCUGUGGAAUGGGAGAUAUUCUGAAUGACUGUGGCAUGGCUAGCAGCGAUGCUGAACGACUUUUUCUGGGUGACUGCAGCACAAAAUGAGGAUAGAGACUUAAGUGGAAGGAGAGGAGAGAAAAGGAGAGAUGAAGAGGUAGGAAUCAAUAUCGAGGAGAGAAGACAGUCAGGGGAUAAGACUGAAAGUGUAAUAGUAGCAAAGAGAGAGAAGGAGGAAUAAAGUAACGGGAAGUUAGGUAAUGGUCUUCCACAGGAAAUGGAGUUUGUAGGGGCGGAUUGACUCUGCUUUGAAAUACAUAGAUAAAGGUCGCCACAGAGAGAGAGAGAAAAGAAGGGUUUCAAUAUGCGAGCGAACAAGGAAUUCCCCCGCCUCUACUGCCCCGGCCAAGAAGUAGUGUGUGUGUGUGUGUGUGUGUGUGUGUAUGAGAGAGUGUGUGUGUGUGUGCAGAAAGGCUUGUCUGGGCAAAUUGCAAAGUGCUCCUCACUAUUUCCAUACUGUGUUGUGAGCCUACUUCGUGUUUACCCUACAAUAUGGCCUCCUGUUUUCAAUAUGUACCUGGUAUGGAUGCAGGCCUUGUGUAAUAGUCUCUGGAAUAAGGUGGGCAAAUGCCGAAGUCGCGCAACAAAGACAAGACAGGAUGAGAGAGAGAGGCCCCGGCAGAGGAGAAAAAAUAGAGAUAAUAUAAAAGGAGGGGGAAGAAGGAAAAAAAAAAAGCAAGGCAAAACAAGAGAGGAACAGCAAAGAGAAUCUCUGGGAUAAAUAAAUAAAAAGACUUGUUUAGAGAAAAGGCAAACUAGAUGAAAAGAUGAAGCCGAUAAAAAAGCAGGGCCGGCGCUCUCCUCCCUCCACCCGGGCCAAAGGGGGGAAGCGUCACGGAGCGGGGGAUGCCCCCGAAGGAGGGGAGAAGAGAGACUCAGAUGAGAGCAGAGACAGAAGCAGAUCUCCACAAAACCGAACACCCUCCUCCCCAUUUUCUUCUAAUUCACAGUCCGAGUCCUCCCAGACAGACCCAAUCAGAGCACGGGACACUUCAGAGGGGCAGGGUCUUCACAGAGAAGCGCUGUCAGAAACGACAGUAUCACUUGUGAUGGAUUCUGGGAAAUUUUUGACAUCCUCGGAUGAUAGACCAGGGAGGUCAGCUGUGAGCGGCAGUAGCCACAGUGACAGUGGUGGUAGUAGUUGUAGUAACAGUAGUACACCCAGCGCCAACAACAGCCCAAACCCCGCCUCCAGCCGGAAAACGGCCACCUUCAAGGCCCGUGUCCCCAAGAAGAAGUACACCUCUGAACACUGCUUGUCUGCUCUUGGUAACCAUAGCAACCCUUCCUCCAGCACACCCCCGCCUCUUCCUCUUAGUGGUGGGGUUAUUAACCACGGGUCAACAGGUUCAGGAAAAGACAUCUGUGUCUCUCACCCUGAUGGCAACAGUCAGAGCAGGAGCCUGAUUGACAACUUUCACACCAGGACCACUGACAGGGAGGGGCCUCAGGACAGCUCCCCAGGACCCCCUACGCUGACGCUGGCAGGGGACAGGGAAAGGCCCGGAGGAGUUGAAGGGGCAAGAGAUGCGGAGCGAACGUCGCCCGUCCUCCUACCCCGUUGCUCCUCUACAGACACCGCCAGCGAGCACUCAGCUGACCUGGAGGUAGUCGGCGACACACACGCCCUCACACAGAUGUCUACACAUGCACUACCCAGUCUCCCUGAUGCACUGUCUGAUGCCCUCGCCAAAGGAAUGAAGAAUCAGCGUGUCCUCGCUCGACAGCUCAGGGGAAGAAGUGACGAAGAGGGAGAAGGCGAAUGCAGGGACGAGGGGGGGAUUUCAGACUUGGUGUUUCGGGCUGGAGUGGUGCGUAAGGUCAGCGGUGAAUUUGGAAGCCUGGAGGUGCAACUGAAUGGUGAGAAGACGCUGUGCCGUUAUCCGUAUCAACAUGACGGCCCCCAAGGGGUGGUGGACAUUAUCCUAGAUGCCCCACCGCCUGGUGUCCAUCCAAUAGCUAUUGGCACCCGUGUCUGCGUACCAUUUGGAAAUGACGAAGGCAGCGAGGGUCAGUGGCAGUGGUACCGAGAAGGUGUGGUGACCCAGGUGGACACACACCCUGCGGUGGCCAACCGCUACCGAGUCCUGCUGUCUGAGGAAAGACCUGAUUCCGUGAACGAGGAAGAGGAUGGCAGAGGGACAGCUGUUGGGACCCAGGCAGUGUGGGUCUCCCGACAAACACUCCGGCUUCUGGUGCCACCAUGGGACCUGGAUCUGCCGUCUGGAGGGGGACGGGAUGGAGAGGAGGGGGUCAGAGACAAGGAAAUGGAACGGGAGGACAGGGAGGAGAUAGAUGUGGAGCAGGAGGUGUGUCGUUUGAGCCGGGGGAUGACACCCGGCGUGGGGUCAGUGUUGGGGAGGGGAAUAACCUACCCAGGUAUGGUCCCGGUUUCCUCCACAUCAGGCCACAGCAUUACCUCCCCAGUCACCCCAGCCUCAGUCCUCAGCCUGGCUCCAGGCCGAGAGUGGGAAAUUGAGAAAGACUUAGAGAGGGAGAGGGACCUCCAGAGAAUUCAGGAAAGAGAGCAAGAAAGGGAGAACAAUGCAAAGCAGCAACAGCACCAACAACAGCAGCAACACCACCCAUACAUGCCACUUACCCCCGAAGAAGACAUGGAAGUGUCUCACUUUAACAUGCUUCCAAUGAUCAUACCUGGGGCCAAACAAAUGGCACUUCCCCUGCACCGCCACAUCAUCUCUAAGCCCCCGCCUGGCUACCUCAAUCCCCACCUUUCUGUGGUGCGGGGCAUCGGGGUACCCUCUACUCACCUGGCCUUGAACCCCCACCCGCCUCCUUCACCUGUUCUAUUAGGCCUUGACCCAGCAGCUGUCAUUAUCACCCCUCAGCUUCCCCCUCUCCCUCCCAUCUCCUCUUCCACCGCAUCCUCCUCCAGAGUAGAGAAGGCCCAAGGAGGAUGUUCUUCCAGUGGAGGAGCUGGUGGUGGCGUUGGAUCUGGAUCAGGUUCAUCCUCCUCCUCCUCCUCACGUUCCCGCACCCCACUGACAGCUGCCCAGCAAAAGUACAAGAAGGGAGAUGUGGUGUGCACGCCAACAGGCAUCCGUAAGAAGUUCAAUGGGAAGCAGUGGAGGAGGUUGUGCUCCAGGGAAGGCUGCUCAAAAGAGUCCCAGCGCCGAGGAUACUGCUCCAGACACCUCUCAAUGAGGACCAAGGAGAUGGAAGCCAGUGGAGGUAGCCGGGAACGGGGUGGAGCCAGCAGCACAGGGACCCUGACGCCGUCUGACCUCCGAAUGAGUGGUGGAAGAGCUAGCUCAGAGUUUGACUGGGAUGAGACAUCGCGCGAAAGCAGCGAGGCCAGCAGCCGUGGAGGAGACUCCCGCCCUCGCCUGGUCCUUCCCUCUCUGCUCCCCCAGGAUCUCUCUCGUUUUGACUUUGAUGAGUGUGAGGCAGCGACCAUGCUGGUCUCCCUGGGGGGCUCCCGCUCAGGCACACCCUCAUACUCGCCUAUCUCCAAUCAGUCGCCCUUCUCACCCACCCCAUCACCCUCACCCUCUCCGCUCUUUGGCUUUCGCCCUGCCAAUUUCAGCCCCAUCACUGCUCCUGCGUCACUUACUCCGCGCCGCCAUCGCCAGCUUAGCGGCACUAAGAUGGGUACACCAGGCGUUGACCGAGAGCGCCACCUAUCGGGGAUUGUGCCCACUUUUCAGACCAAUCUCACUUUCACAGUCCCCAUGAGCCCUAGCAAAAGGAAGCUUGACACCCACCCGCCCCCUCCGCUGCCUGCAAUCCAGGACUACCAGACCAAACCUGACCAACAACAGCUGGUGGGCAUGAUGGGAGACCCAACCCUGGGCCACAACCCUGCUGCCUUCAGGGUCCUCUCCCCCCAUAGUCAGCCCACAACCCCCUCCUCACUUUCUUUUCCCCGGCCUCGUAGCGCCACCAGCAGGCCACCAUCCUCCGCUGCCUCCACUCCUCCGCCCAUGCUGGUCUCUCCCACCCCUCCCUCCCCGCUGCCCCUGGAACCAUCCCCACGCCGCAUUGUGCCGCUCCGUGAUUCCCCAGUCAUUGUCCGCAACCCAGAUGUCCCCCUGGCUAAGUUCUCUGAUGGCCCAUUGGGGAGGAGAGAGAGGAGCAGGUCCAGAGAGCACAGCCAGCCCCAACACACAGCUCUCCCAGGCCUCCAGGUCCCCGUUCCUAUCAAUGGGGCCACCACCAACGGUGCAGUUCUCCUGCGCAACCCUACAUCCACUCUUGUCCUGGUCACCUCCAGCUCGUCCUUGACUCCAGCCAUGGGGGGUCACGCUGCCCUGUCCAGCCCCUCCGCGAUGCCCACUUCAUCGGGCUCCAUCCUGUCCUCCUCUGGCUCUGGAGGCCGGGAGAGGAAACCCGAGGGACACCAGGACGCCUCCGGAGGGGGGCUGCCACAGCCGGUAGCCUGUCACCCCACGCCGACCGCCCUGCUGCCGCUCAUACUGCCAGCUGAGUCGCCUUACCCUGCUCCGCGCAAGCAAAUCAUCAUGGGACGGCCGGGCACUGUUUGGACCAACGUGGAGCCUCGGUCGGUGCCAGUGUUCCCUUGGCAUUCGCUCGUCCCUUUCCUGGAGCCCAGCCAAUCAGGAGCGGCUGCCCAGCCUGCCGAUGGGCAACAGCUUGUCAAUCAGAGCAAAGAGCCUCGUUGCGGCGUGGCCCUGGUGAGCGAUGGACGGACCGGCCCCCCAGACAUAGAGAGGGGAUCGACGUCCUGCCCUCCCCCGACCAAUGACAAUCCUCCUACAGACAGGGGCGGGGCUGACAGCGAGACAGAGAGCGAUACAGACGACCCGUUCUCCCCGGGAGUGGCCAACGACGCGACGCCCUCCGCCGGCUCCAUGAAGAGGCGCACGCAGUCCCUCAGCGCCCUGCCUAAGGACGGAGACAGGAAGAGGGAGAAGGAUCACAUCCGCCGACCAAUGAACGCAUUCAUGAUCUUCAGCAAGCGCCACCGGGCCCUGGUGCACCAGCGACAUCCCAACCAAGACAACCGAACAGUCAGCAAGAUCCUGGGGGAGUGGUGGUACGCUCUGGGGCCCAACGAGAAGCAGCAGUACCACGAUCUGGCCUUCCAGGUGAAAGAAGCCCACUUUAGAGCCCACCCAGACUGGAAGUGGUGUAACAAGGACCGCAGGAAGUCGCUGUCGGAGGGCCGUGGGUUGCCAAAGGAUUCACGGGAGAGGAGCAUGUCAGAGAGCAUAGAUCCCCAUCCGGAGUCUCAGGUGCCGGAGGGGGGGAAGGGAGGAGGCUCGUGCUGGCCAAUGGGAUCGGAGCGCCGAGUGGGGCUGUUUGCAGGGCAGCACCCGCGUCCCCGAGCCUUUUCCCAGAGUGCCGUGCACACCCUGGAGCAGAGGGAGAGAGACCUGGAGAAGGAGGAGGGGGCGAGUCUGUUUUGCCGUCAGCCCCCGCCGCAGGCCCUGUACAAGGGUAGGCUCAGCGAGGACGUGACCAGCGACGAAGAGCGCAUGGUCAUCUGUGAGGAAGAGGGAGACGACGACGUCAUGGAGGAUUCCUGUCCUGAAGGCUCCAUCGACCUCAAGUGUAAGGAGAGAGUGACGGACAGCGAUGAAGACGAACCAGAUGGACAGCAUGGCUUCCAGCCAGUGGCUCGCUCCUCUCUCCCUUCUUGCUCUCCCUCCACUCCUCACUCCGGCUCCACCUCUGCUAAAGGGAACGGAGGAGGAGGAGGAGGGGGGUCCGAGAGGAAGAGAAAGAGAGAGGAGGGGAGCGAGGGAAGAUCCAAGGGAGAAGAAGCAGCAGCAGAUGGAGGAGAAGGAGGUGGUGGGGUCUUCUCUCAUCCAUCCAGCAGCCAGGCUCCCCUCGCUUUGGCCCAACAGGGUUUGACUCAGGUCCUUGGCGCCGUCUGCACGGCCCCCACAAUGGUGACCAAUGUGGUGCGACCCAUCGCCAGCACGCCAGAGGAAGGAACCGUCACCGGCAACUCCCUGCCUCAGGACAAGAAAGCUGCUCUCCUGAUUGGAGGAGGCGGACCUCAGCAGCUGCCAAUCGCCGCGGGUGGUGGGUACCUGUCCUCAUCCUCCUCCCCAGGUCCAGUCAGUGUAACUCCCGUGGGGGGCAGCGGCCUGGUCACUAGCCUAGUUCUGGGAGGGUCCUUUCCCGCCGCCCAGCCAGUGCCGCUCCUCACCCCACAGCUGCACGCACAAACCCCCCUACCUGUCCUCCAGCCCCAGCUCCACCCCACCGGCGCCACCUCCGCUCUCACACCUCCCGCCGGCCCCAAGCCGCUAGCGCAGGUCCAGUGCAUCUUGCCCACCGAGGGCCCCUCCUCCCCUCAACUCACCCACCAGCAAAUUCUCUCCCUGCCCGCCAAUGCCGCCCUGGCCAAUGGCAUGCACUCGGGGGCAGGCAUCAGAGUUGCAUCAGUCAGCCCCGGAACCAGAGUCCAAACCCAGUCGUCGGUCUUGCAGAGCAAGAUGUUGGUUCCCAUGGCAACAGUGAGAACAGGGUCUACUCCUCCUCAUCCCUCCAUUUCUCUGGUAGCUCCGCCUCUUCCUGUGCAGAACGGCUCCGUGACAGGAAACAAGAUCAUCCAGAUCGCUCCGAUGCCUGUGGUCCAGACCAACGUUCACCCUUGCGGUGCAGCAGCAGUGCAUCCUGGGAGUCCCUUUCCUGUUUCCAUGGCAACAGUGAUGUCUCCCGGUGCCGCGCCCCCGCAGACCGUUCUUCUGACCUCUCCACCCACCAGGAUCACAUAUGUCCAGGCUGGCCCGGGAGUUACCGCGGCUACGCUCCAACAGGCCACGUCCGCUCCGAGCCCUGCGUAUCUCCCAUCGUCCCUGGCAACCCUGGGCUUCACCACCAUCGCCCCGGCGGGGCGAACCCUGGUUCAGCCACUGUUGGCCCCGCCCCUGAGCUGUCAACCACAGACCCCUCCGGGUCAGGCUUCGGGAGCCGCCGGUCAUCAGGUGCUAACUGCCAUCUACCCUGCACCGACCGUUGCGCUGCCCAGUGGCGUGGUCUCCGUUACAACCGCGCCGCCCGCAGUGGCCUCCCCGGCCCAGGACGUGACGAGCCUUUCGUCUCAGUCGGCGACAGGGGCGCAGGGCUCGGCGGCAGAGGAGAUGGAGCUGAAGGUGGAGGUGAAGAGGGAGAACCUGUCAGAUGGGUGGUCGAGCUGUGCUGCCAGCUCCUCUUUUGCCACCUGUGCGAUUAAUAUCACAGCAGUUAAAAAAGAGGAGGACCUCGGCCUGCACAUCAAAGAAGAAAACCUCGGAGAUGGACACGGCGGAGAGAAACAAAGCGACGUGGACAGGGAGACAGAGAGAGGGGUGAAGGAGAGCAGGAACAAAAAGGGAGGCAGGGAGUCAGACAGAGAGGACCACAGCAUGGACGCCAGCAGCAAAGAGGCCGGACCUCGCACCCCUCCUCUGCCGCCCCCGGGUUUGGACCCCCCACCCCCUCCCCCUGCGGAAAGAGAGCCCCCCUCUGGCUCGAAGAAGACCAAGUUCAGACCCCCGCCGCUCAAAAAGACGCCCGACUCUCUCGAGAAGGUCCUGUCGGAGACGUACUUUGAGGAGCGUUUUGCUGAGCUUCCAGAGUUCAACCCAGAGGAGGUCCUGCCUUCGCCCACUCUGCAGAGUCUGGCCACCUCGCCAAGAGUCAUCCUGGGAAGCUACCGCAGGAAGAGACGCAACUCCACCGAGCUGGAGCCGACAGCCGAAGACCCCAGCUCCCCGAGGAGGAAGACCCGCCGUCUCUCCAGCUGCAGCUCGGAGCCCAACACCCCGAAGAGCGCCGCCAAGUGUGAGGGGGAGAUCUUCACCUUCGACAGAGCGGGUACCGAGGGAGAGGAUCUUCUUGGAGACUUGGACCGUGUCCCCUACUCGUCUCUGCGCAGAACUCUGGAUCAGCGCCGGGCCCUGGUCAUGCAGCUGUUUCAGGAACAUGGCUUCUUCCCCUCAGCUCAGGCCACCGCCGCCUUCCAGGCACGCUACUCGGACACCUUCCCCACCAAGGUGUGUCUGCAGCUGAAGAUCCGCGAAGUCCGUCAGAAGAUCAUGCAGACGGCCGCGCCCGGAACCUUCGAGCUGGGAGUGUUGGCAGGGUUAGCCGAAGCCGGCCCCGCCCCGUCCCACAGCUCCUCUUUCAAUCAAUCAGCCCGGGAGGACGGAGGGGCGGAGCAGCAAGGAGACAAAGCCAGGAGCCCCGAGGAGCCGAAAACUGAAGGGUCCUAAGCUGGACGGGAUGACAGAGUCGAAAAAAUAAAGGAAGAGAGGAAGAGAGAGAAGAAUGUUCUUGUGUGCGUUGAAGCAGUAGUGUGAAUGGCUCCGGUGGGAUCCGUUCUACAGGCACUAAUCUCCACCAGACCUGGGCAAAAUUACAUCUGAAUACAGUCGCAAAUAUUCAAACUACUUGAGGUGCGCUUGAUUCGUCCAAUCAGACUUUUAAAAAAAAUAAGCCUCAAAAGUGGACAAAUCACAAGUCCUGACGAGUCAAGUGCUUCUUGCAGUAUUGCCCCCCCCCCCCCUCCCAAGUAUCCAGAGUGUUUUCAGUUACCACUUUGCCCAGGUCUGCUCUCAGCACAUUUGUACAGUAGUUUGUAGUUCGACACAAACUAUGUGGCGCACACUCACUAUCUCUCCGGCACACACACACACAAAACCUGGUGCAUAUGUAAUCUCCAGCAUGCACAUGAUCCCACAUAAACACACACACCCUUACCAAAUCAGACUGUUACUCUUUGGCGGUCCCCGGGAGCAGCCACCAAGGAUCAUGACACACAAAGGCACUUUGUCACUUAUUGUGCAGAUGCAGUUUGCUGUUGCCAGCCAGCCAGCCAGCCCUCAGAUGCCAUUGACUUGACCUCCUUCUCACCCCUUCCACUCCUCAGCACAGUGGUCGGGACACAAACACAACCCCAACGACCUCCACUGAUAUUCCACGACCCCUCGAUGCUGCAAGACAGACAGCACACGCACACAUAUACAGCACAUGCACACACACACACACACACACAAACAUAAACAUGGACACAUCUGUGCAGUGUGAACACUCGUACACAAACAAAGUCAAAUCUGGUCUGACCAAGCCAUUGGCCUGCACAGAUUUUAGUGAUUGUAGUGAGAAGAGAGACUGAAAGCGUGAAAUCAGUUCGCUCCUGGAAAAAAAGAAAAAGGAAGGCAGGAGUUGGGAUGUAGUGUGACCAAUCUUUGCACCUUCAGUUAUUGCCAUUAUGAAAGACUGAGUCCUUAUUGGCGGGAGCUGAUUCUAUAUGUCUGUAUGUCUGUUGGGGUCCCAUCCCCGAAAAAAGCCCUGUGCGAACAGGCACCGUAAAGAGAUUAUGUAAAGAGACAAUUGGUUGUGAGGCUUCGAAGAAUCUACGUUUAAGUUCGACACUGACUGACCGGCUCCCGACGGAGCACAGAGAAAAAAGGCAGAAGAAGAACGGUGGACGAUGCUUAUCGGAUGGAAGAUUCAUCUUCUAACUAUAGGAAGACAAGAUAAUAAUAGCGAAUAAGGACAACAACACGAUAGAGCUCACCAACAGAGAGAAAAAGUAGAAUUUCAACCAAACUUCUCUGAAUCUCCCAGUGGAUAUAAUGUUGCUUUCUCUCGUUAUCGUUGCCGUGGAAAUAACCCGUUAUACCGUGGCCUGUUUUUUCUCUUGUGGCUCUAUUGUGUUUCUUCUCCAGCAUAAAAAAUAUAAAAUCACAACAAAAAAAAAAUUUUAACUCUGGACAAAAAAGGGGACAAAAUCAGUCUGCGCCCCACCCACCCUACUUUUAAUUGUACCUGGGGCGGUUCUCUCCCCCCCCCUCUUACCCCCAUUCCCUCCUCUUCAAUUCUCACCAGACACAGAAGUGGGGGGGAGCUGGGGCGGUUGUCGUUCUGUAAAAACGUUGAAAUCAGGUGUUUGCACAAUUUGUGCGGCCCGUCUCGCCGCAAGUUAAAUCAGGAAAGUAUUGUUUUUAGAGAUUGUUUUAGUAGAAAAAAAAAGAAUAACCUUGUUCCGUAUGUUAUCAACCAACUUAUUCCUCUCCUUGACCUCCCUUCCCCCCCCCCCCCCCCCCCCCCUCCCCCUUUCUUUUAACUCUCCUCAUUCCUCUUCUUUACCUCAACCCCUCAAGUGUUGUUAGAAAGUGCCCUUAAGCACUGGUCCCGGGUCAAGCGCGAUGUAGCUCAGGAUGGUUCUGGUUAGGGUUAGUUCAGGGAAAGCAGAUCCUAGACCAGCCCUGGAGGGCAGUCUCUGGAGCCCUCCCCUCCUCCCUCUCUUAUCGACACUUUAUCCUUUCCCGUCAAAUGGUGCAAUAGGACAUUUUUUUAAUUUUUAUUUUGGGUUAUUUUGUUUUCGGGGGGAAGGCUCUGUGCCAUAGAUAUUAAAUCCAACACAGUCAGUCAGUGAGAGGAAUGAGCUGUUGUGAUACUGUCUUUAACUAUGGUAUAAAACAAAAAAGAAUCACACAAUUAUUGUUAUUGUUGAAGAGAUAGAGAUUAUAACUUACUAAAAGUCAAAGACAAUUUUUGAAUAGCACUUUUUGGCUCUUUGCUUCCUCGGCGGAGAGCGGGGGGUAGUUAUUAUUAUGGGUAUCUCUUUUAUUUCUCUGUAUACAGUUGGAUGUGUGAAAAAAAAUAUAUAUACCGGUAUUUCCAUAUAUGUGCAUUUAGGUCUGCGUUCGGGUGUGUGUGUAUGUUUUGGCACAUGCAGUUAGCGUGUUAACACGACCAACCUCUUGCUCUUUCUCCAUACAGCAACAUUAUCAAUAGUAUAUUUUUCAUCGUAUUCUACAUUCUAUAUUCUACUCUAGAGACAGUAUUUUUAUAGUCACCAUGACUAUUUUGCCCACCAUCUUGACUGUUAUCAAACCCAGUUGAUUCAGGAUAUAUAUGAAAUAUAUAUUCAGGAUAUACAAUAUAUAAAUAUAUAUGAAUACACACAGGUAAUAAAUAGAGGACUAUCAAUUCUCAUCUCUUUGGGGUUAGGGCUGUAAAGUGUCCGUCUGCAUGCAUGUGCAAUCACGUGCACGCGUGCACACACACCCAUACAGACAUAUGUGCAUCCGCACACAUGUAUGUGUGUACACUGUAUGAUUGUGCUUAAAAAUAAACUGUCCUUACUUUGGAGAAGGAAUUUUAGGAUGAGCGAGGUGAGUGUUAUCUCAUAAGCAGGCAUGUUGACCAUGUGCAAUAUUUCUAAACAACAAAAAAAAAAACUAAAUAUUGAAAAUAUUAAAGUUCUAACACAAUG